AUGGAACAUCAGCGUUUAUUUAUGCUGCAAACUAUGAAGUUGUCAAGAAAUAUACGUAGUUUUCUUGACACAGUUUACCCAAAUAACGGGCUUUAUGGAUUUGCCGGAAAUGCAUUUACUCGAAAGUGGUUUUAUGCUUUGGAAAUAUAUGUGAUUACACUUUUACUUCAUCAUUUAUUUAAAAUUAACAGAAAGGAAGUAAACAGAGUUGUUACCAAAAUGAAGUUCAUUAGCCUCGAGUUGUACGUGGUUUCUUUUAAUGUGUCACAUAUUACUACCCAUCAAAACGAAAGUCUGGUGCAAAAUUGCACUUUUAUAAAAAGUUUUAUUUCUGAGAGGCAAGAGGAAUCUAUUCCUAGUCGCAUAUAUUUUAUUUCGCGUGCAUUUAUAAAUAAUGCACUUUAUUUCUUUGGCUAUCAUUUAAUAUUUUGA